GGGAUCGAGUGGUCGGGAAAGCUGCCUUCCAACAUGCUUCCUUUCCAAGCUCCCUUUCUCCUGGAAAGCCGCUUCUCCCCGCCACCCCGAGGCCGGAGAAAAAGGCGCGGAGGAAGGUGGGGUUCUCGGCCCGUUGCUACAACCAAAGCCGCGGGCUCUUUCCGCGCAGCCGUGGCGUCCCUGACAUCCGAGCAAAAGGCAACGUCAGUUUGUUUAACAAUCACGGAGUAUAAAAUGCUCCAAUCACCGGGGGAGGCUCGCCAGGACAAACCCCGGGCUGAGCCUUUUUGGAGGCCACCCUCCAGUGAAAGGCCGUCUCCUUCGCCGGGACCUCCGGGCUGGCGUGAAGCGAAAGCCCCGGGAGGAAGAAAAAAUAAUAUAUAUAUAUAUAUAUAUAUAAAACCGACGCCCAUUGCUUAGGUUGGGAAAGAAGCCCUUCUUCAGCCUAGACUCUCUCUCUCUCUCUUCGCCCUUUCUGUCGCCAUCUCCGGGAGGCAUGGCUGACACCUUGAGGAGAUUGAUCAACAACGAGACCUGCAGGCUUUUGCAGGAGAAGCUGGAAAGUUGGUAUAAAGACUAUUAUAUUAACUCAUGUAAUAAAAAUUUGACACUGUGCUGUGAAAUCAUGGAACUGAACGCCAUGAUUCAGGGACAGCUGUUUUCGAUUCUCAAUCAAGCUUGUCAAGAAGGUGGCCAUUAUGAAGGUAUGGAAAUAAUAAAAUCUCGUCUCCUCCCAUGGUUGGGUACUUGCUUUUCUAGUCCUUCUGGAAGCACCCUGGACACAUGUUCUUCUGUAUUACAGGAAUCCCUUGAGAAAGACCGACUGCUGAGGGAAUUAAGCAGCGUUCGGAGCUUCGAAGUUGAGCAGCUGGAAAAAGAAUUGAGCGCCACACGGUUGCAGCUGAGUUUGAUGCAACAAGAUCUGACCAAAGCUCAGCUGGCUCUGGAAGACACAAAGACCAAAUCAGCCACUACUCUUUUGGCAGCAGAAGAUGAAAUUGUUCAGCUAAAAACAGACCUAAAGGCUUCUCGGGUAAAAUCAGAUUGCACUUUGGAGAAACUAGAACAGCUGGAUGAGUACGAGAAUCGGCUUCAGACGUUGAACGAUGAAAUUGCUAUUCUUCGGGCUGAGAAGUCUCUUCUUCAAAGCAGACUUGCCCGAAGUCGAUCUUCUUCUCCAAGGCUUGCCCGAAGCAGAUCUCCUAGUCCACUUUCAGUACAAAAUUUUUCGCCCAGCCGGGGAAGACUUAACCAUGCUUUACGCCAUGCUCGUCUUGUGGAACGUUUCAACAACGCUUAUUCUCAGGAACGCCUAAACGCUCAAACCCUCUUGCGGAGCUACACAGAUGAUCUGGAAACGGUGCAGAGAAUAAUCUAUACAGCUGUUGUGGAGUCCUUCUAUGCAGCAAAGAAGGCCUUCAGACAGUUCAAAAUGCGUGUUAGAAAGACAUUGUCCCUCAGUUAUUCAGGGCCUGAACCACUUGAAGAUAUGGUGAUGGACUAUAUAAUUCGUCAGGAAGAUCUCUACGAUGUUCAGUCCAGCGUCAGUGAAGUUAUCCGUGCACUGAAUAUCAGUCCUAAGAUUUCUGUUCCAGGAGUUGAUUUCAUCAUGAUUAGUAGCUUAAUACGAGAGUUGUGCCGGAUAGCUUUUUCCAUGCAGACUCUUGAUCCUCCCCUGGAUGUUGCUUUUGGUACAGACGCAGAGCUGUUCAGCGAGUACAAAUACCGUCGCAGCUAUGACUCUGAUUUCACAGCUCCACUGGUGGCUUACCAUGUCUGGCCAGCUCUGAUGGAAGAGGAUUCAGUGGUUGUGAAGGGAGAAGCUGUAACUAAAAGAGGUGCUCUGUUGUCUUCCAGGAGCAGAAACAGGAGCCAGAGUCGCAGCCGUAGUGUUAGCCCUCUGCCUCGUGGUACAGGCUACUCUCGGCAUUUGGCAACUCGAAGCAGGAGCCCUUCUCCAUUAAGGAGCGGAAGCCCAAGAAAGUAGACUCUUCAAUAGGAUAUGAUUUUUUUUGAUUCUGUACAUCUCAACCAAUCUGCUUCUAUGGUGCCUUCUUCCGUUCCAGCAGUACCUCAAACUACACUUACAAUAAUGUGAACAACUGUUUUGAAUGCCUCUGACAAAGCUUAGUAUGUUUUUAUAACUUGGCAUUUUUUAACAAAAUGAAUGCAAUCAUGAUUUUAAAAUUGCACAUGCAUUCUAAGGUUUCUUGAUCUUUAAAGAUUGUUUACAUAGCUUGAGACGACAUCACUUCCUUUGGAAAAUUAGGAGGGAGAAAUGGGAUAGGAUGCCAACAUUCAAUAUAUUAUGAUCAGACCAUAAGGAUUUAUCUUGAGAACUGCAAUAUAUUGAGGCUGCAUUCGUAUAUUGUAUGGAUUUGUUUGCAACUGAGUUUUGAUUAAGUACUUAAGACGUGUGUAAGAUUGCAUGGUAUGGAUGUCUUUUGAAGUAUAAUCACAUGAUGGUGCUUAUUUAGAACAUUUGAAGUCCAACUGUAACAAAUGGAAUAAAAAAUGCCUAAAUGUUGUUAAGAUCAAGCCCAAUAAAAGUAUAUAGCUGUAUUUUCAUGGAAAUAUGAUUGUGGGUUUUUACAUAAUUAUAUAACUGUUGGUGAAAGACUUUUAUUUCAGCACACAAGUCCCCAAUUUCACAGUGACAAUGAAUAAUCUUUUCCAUCGUUCACGACUGUAUAAAUAAAACACCAUCUUCAUGUUUAAAACUGUGAGAAUUCUAAAUAUAAACCAGUUAGACUUUUGAAACAUAUUUUCAUUGAAAGAAUAUUUCAUAGGGUCGCCUACUGGAACAAUGUAUUUUCUCUUCUUUAAAGAAUUGACUCCCUAGCUUUCUUUAAUGCCAGAAUUAAUGGGCCCCUAAGUCUGUAUAAUCAGAAGAAACCCAAAUGUUCCAGACAUGUUUCAUUUUUUUUUGUAAAAAAACAAAGAUU